AUGUCUGCCGAGGAAGCUAACACGUCGCUGUUGGAGCGCAUUCAGCGCCCCGAGGUGAGCAAGGAGACGGCGAAGAAGAUUUCUUUGGUGGAGGAGCAGUUUGCUAGGGCGGAGGUGGAGCAGUUGCGCCAGUCUACUCUCCUGCUUCGUCCCCUUUUCGAAAAGCGCAACCAGGUUAUCGCCGAGCCUGAUGUGCGCGACACUUUCUGGACUCGCGUCAUGCUCAAUGCGCCCGCCGAGGUGGAGGAAUACAUCACCAUGACCGAUGCCACGAUCCUCGCUUCGACUCUUAAGAACCUGACCGUUGAGCGAUUCGAGAUCGAUGAGAAGGGUCAGGGCGAGCCCCGCAGCUUCCGCUUGACCUUCGAGUUCCGCACCGGCGACGAGAACCCUUACUUUGAGAACGAGAAGCUUGUCAAGACCUUCUACUGGCGCAAGCAGGUCAUCACUACCCCCAAGGGUCACAAGCGCACCUGGGAUGGUCUGGUCUCCGAGCCCGUCCGCAUCAACUGGAAGAAGGACCAGGAUCCUACCAAGGGUCUGCUGGACGCUGCUUGCGACCUUGCUGAGGCGGAGAAGAAGGGCGGAGACCGUAAGAAGCUGCCUGAGUUCGCCAAGGUCAUUGAGAAGAAGGAUGAGAUUGAGGCUGCUGAGGACCAGGAGAUGGGUGAUGAUGAGGAUGAGCUCCCUGAGGAUGGCCCUGGCGGCAUGAGCUUCUUCGCUUUCUUCGGCUACCGUGGCAGCGAUGUCACUGCUGAGCAGUCCCAGGCCGCGACCAAGGAGGAUAACGAGAGGUUUGAGAAGCUCCUCAAGGGCGAGCCUGUUGAGGGUGAGGAUGAGGAGGACGAGGAUGACGAGGAUGACGACAUUGAGGAUGAGUUCGAUGACAUUGAGGUCUUCCCUGGUGGUGAGGAGCUCGCUAUUGCGAUCGCUGAGGACCUCUGGCCCAACGCCUUGAAGUACUAUGUCACGGAUCAGGCGAUCGAGGAGGUCGACUUUGACGACAGUGAGCUUGAUAUCUCGGGAGACGAGGAAGAGGACGAGAACGACCGUCCCCGCAAGAAGACCAAGGUCUAA